AUGUUCUCUUCCAAUGGGUCUCUUGAGUCUUGGAUUGAGGGAAAGUCCACUCAAAAACGCUUGAACGAACAUUGUAUAGAAUAUAAACCCCCUUCGAAAGAUGCAGGUGCCAUUACAAGUUGUUUCUUGGAAACAUCCCCUGAGCCCUUCGUUAUCCGACUGAAACGGUCUGAAAAGCUGUUCCCAGGGGAUGAUUUCAGAGCUAUCUGUGAAGUUGACGGUAAAGACAUCGGUUUUUCGAUUUGGCGAGGUGACAGGUUAGAGUAUGAAUGGAAAGCGGUAUGGGAAAGAAGGGAUGGACAGCUCUAUCAGUCUUCGUUGAUAUUUGACACAUUGGCCACGACCGAUGAUCCUUCUAAGGUCGAUAUUUCCGUCCGAGAUCUUGAAAACAUCGGUACCAUUGUUAUCACGCUUACCCGUGGAACUACCAGGACAUCAAGGAAGCGAAAUGAAAUUGAACUUUUCGAUAAAGUGAAAGGUAAAGCUAUGGAAAAUCAAGGCUUUCUAAGUUCCGUGGGUACGACUGAAAGCGUUAAGGGGGAAGAGUGGCAACCAGUUUUCUACGACUUCACUCCUAGCGGAUCUGGUAUACCACAUCACCAAUUCGUAUUCAAGUAUCGACCAGCUCGGGUAUUGAAAUAUCUAGGAAUGAUAGAUCAAGACCACAGCAGCCUCAGUUCACGAACUUAUGCAUAUCCAAUGGUGAAGAUCCCUUUCUUCCUUCCUGCCUCAUCGUCUGAAGAAGAAUCAUCAGCGUCAACAAGUGCCAGGUGUACACAAGAUGUAAGAAGUAAGAGUUCGAAUUUUGAAGGCAACAGAAACGAGUACGAAAGCUCACCAGUGCUUGUGAAGCAAUCUCCCACAGAUUCUCUGACGAAUGCAGACAGUGGCGAGCGAAAUACGUUCCAACGCCGCUAUUCACUUCGUCCUAGUAGGAAGCGAACAUACGUUGACGAAGAGCAACUGUAG